AUGAGUUUUAUCCACUGGCCAACUAUAAAUUUAGUCCUGACGGUCGUCGGCGCUGGCUUCAUUUUGUCGAUUCAAAGUUUGUAUUACAUCAAAGUUUUCUUUGAUGAGUACCAUUUGCCGCCUUCAUAUCUCAAAAUUGUGCAAAUCCUAUUUUUGGUAUGGAACGCUGUAAACGAUCCCAUGAUGGGAUAUAUGCAGGAUCUUGGAUGUUGUGGUAUGAAAUGGAUUAUGGAUCGACGAAAAGUUGUUCUCUAUGCUGGGCCUGUGUUUGCUGCGUCCUUCUUGCUUUUCUGGUUUCCAUGGUCAACAUCAGUUGGAUGGGUGACUGCUCUUCAUCUCCUUGUAUCCCUGUUCAUCUAUGACACACUCCUCACUCUCGUCCUUUCUGCUUACUGUGGACUUUGUGUCGAAAACUCAAGAAACCAUCAAGAUCGAGUACGAGUGAUUGUGUAUGGAGAAGUAUUCACAAUCAUCGCUGGUCUUCUCAUUUAUCCAUUAGAAACUAUGCCGCAUACAAAUGAACAUUACUGGCUAUUCCAGACAUGUUGUGUGGUUGUCGCUUGUGUUUCAGCUGCACUCAUGGCAUACUCUGGAUAUCAUCUUAAAGUGGAGAGACCUGUAAACGAGGACCAUCAAUUGGAGAAGUUCCAAGAAGGAGAAACAGUGGUUGAGAAAAAGGAAGACACAUGGAGAAACGCGCUUCAAGUGUCUUGGCAAGUUGCCAAAGAACCUAGAUUCAUCUGUCUCGUUGGUGCCCAAUUUUUCCGAAUUCUUCGAUUCAUGGCAAAUGAAAACUUCUUGAUUGUUUUCACCGAGAGUCUUCUAGUCAAUAAUGGAUUCUUCGAGAAAAAUUCCGGAACUUUGGGACUCUUUUAUAUUCUUGCGAGAUCUUGUGGAAGCAUUCUGUUCCUUGUACUAUGGGCACCAACCAAUCGUUUUGGAACUCAAGCAGUCAUUCAAUCUCUGAAUAUUUUAUCAAUUUUCAUUGUGAUUUUUGUAUUGUAUGCUGGAAUGGAUAAUAUCACAGCCGUCGCAAUUUUCAUUAUUUUGGAAAAUGCAAUUUCCCGCUGUGGAUGGCAAGGAUUCUAUAUUGUGGUUGCUGGAGAAGUCGUUGACACUGAUAUGAAACAGAAUAACAGGAAAACUCCCUUCUCCACAAUCAUCUUCACUCUGAAAGCUCUUUUCAACAAACCAGCAGAUCAAUUAGCACCAGUUCUUGUCCUUUCGCUUUUCUUGGAACAAGGGGGUUAUCCACAAUUAACAGUUCCAUGCCAAAAUUUCUACGAAGAUACCUUCUCAAACUCUACUUUACCCUUCAAUUCUACUUCAAUCGAGACUACAACUUUUUCUGGACUUCCAUCUGCUCAACAAUGCACAAACUACAAUCACUGGAUGUUCCUUGCUCUUGCCAUAUUUCCAGCGAUUUGCGCCAUGGGUGAAUCGAUUUUUGUCGCAAUUGAUCAGUAUUGGAGAAGAUAUGUCCAUGGAAAAACUGGACAUUUGGGAGACGAUUAA